AUGGGGAACCCCUUACAGUGGCAACCACUUGAUCUCUCUCCUUUUCUCUGCCAUCGUGGUGUGCACAGUGGCCUCCCUUCCUCACCAUGUUCUCACAAGACUUUCAGGAUCAAGCAAUUCCUGACCAAGAAACAAAAGCAAAAUUGGCCCAUUCCCCAGUGCAUUGAGAUGAAAACUGGUAAUAAAAUCAGGUACAACUUCAAGAGCAGACAUCGGAGAAGAACGAAGCUGGAUCUAUAA